AUGCGCACAGCAGCGGCCUACCGCUGGCGGACAGCGGGAGCGGCGGCUGGGCUUCUGGCGGCGCUGGCGGCGGCGGAGGAGCGGCAGGGCGGCGCCGGGCGCGCCCGGGUGGGGCUGUGCGUGUUGUGCGGGCUGCCGGCGGCCGGCAAGUCCACCCUGGCCCGCGCCCUGCGCCGCCGCCUGCCGCAGCGCCCGGGCUGGGCCUGCGCCCUCCUCACCUACGACGAGCUCAUCCCGCCGGAGACCUUCCUCCCGCACGAGCCGGGGGCGGGGCCGGCGGCGCCGUCCCCAUUGCUGCCCCGCUGGAAGCAGAGCCGGCGCGAGCUGCUGCAGUGCCUGGAGCGCUUCCUGCGGGCGCUGGUCACCGGGGGGCCGCUCUCGGCCCCCGCCGCCGCCCAGCCAGCCUGGGAGCGCUUCCUGGCCUGCUGCCGCGGGCAGGGGCUGCUCUCCGCCGCGGGAAGUGGCGCCGGCCGUUACCGGACACAGGCAGCCGCGUCUAGGCCGCUCUACCUGAUCUUGGAUGACAACUUUUAUUAUCAGAGCAUGAGAAACGAGGUGUACCAGCUGGCUCGCAAAUAUUCCUUGAGCUUCUGCCAGGUAUUUUUAGAGUGUCCACUCGAAUGCUGCUUGCAGAGAAACCGUCUAAGAAGUCAUCCGUUACCUGACCAGACAAUACAUUUAAUGGCAAAAAAAAUUGAAAUGCCAGAUCUCAAGAAAAACACUUGGGAACAGAACAGCCUCAUUCUGAAAUGUUUUGAUUGCACUUCAGAGGAUAAUGAGCAGAUAAUUCGUUUGCUGGCCACUGCUUUGGAAAAUCCAGUGAAGCAAAAUGAGGAAAACACUGAGCAAAAGGAAGCAGAUCGAGCCAUCUGUGCAGCAAGUACUGUCCACCAGGCUGAUCAGACAUGCAGACGCAUCAUCUCUCAGACAAUGAAGGAUGCAAAAGAUAAAAAUAUACUCCCAAGUGAGAUGAAAAGCCUGGCAGAAGAACUCAACAAACUCAAAGCAGAAUUUUUGCAAGACUUGCGGCAAGGAAGUGAUUUGAAAAACCAAAGUUGCAUACAAAAUCCAUGUUCUGACCCAGCUACAAGUGUAAUUUCUUCAUUCCAACAUGAGGCAGCCAAUGUAGUUAAUAAAUAUAUUUUAAAAUGA